UACUUUUUUACCUAUAUGUACUAUCAUCAAGGUUUAAACAGGCUGUAUAGGUUUUAAAAUCAAACAAAUAUGAGGAUAAGAAUUUCAUUUAAGACUUUGUGUUUUUCAAUGGUUUGUUUUGGUUUAAUUUACCUGUUCAUAAGUUUUGAUCUUGUAAUUGGAUUAGGCAAUCAUAAAGAGAAUUCGAGUUCACAAAGUUCUAAAUCUAUUUUUAAAUCAUUUAAGCACAAGGAAAAUCAUGUGUAUAAAAUGAGAAACAAUGUGUAUGAUCGAGGAAAACACAAGCAACGCCCGAGAAUUCCUAUAGAAAUAGCUAUUCGGAGAAACUACACUGUCGAUGCCGCUGUUGUGAAAAAUGAUAAAAUAUACGACGCUUCAGUUGAGGAUUCUAAUAAAUAUGAAGGUGUUGUGAGAAAUAAUGCUAAAGGUGACACUCCUGUGAGGAAUGAAAAUGAACGAGGCGCUGUUGUGAGAUAUGAUCGCAUUCGUGGCUUUGCCGAGAAUAAUGAUAACAAACGUAACACUGUUGUGAAGGAUCAUGUUUUAGCUGGGAUAAAUAUUAAACAUAACGUUGAUAUAAGAAAUGAUAAUAAACAUGACGUUGUCAAGAGGAAACAUAAUAGACAUGACGCUGUAGUAAGGAAUAAUUAUAUUAGAUAUGAUAAGAACGUAGCAAUUCGGAAUGUUGAUAAACACAACACUAUUUUCAACAACACUGCCCUUUUGAAAAACACAAAUGAAAUAGUUAAACAAAAACCAUUUAGACCUCUUAAUGGGUCGAUUUAUCUUCCGUUACAAUAUAUACCAAAGGAAAAAUACAUUCGUAAUCGCUUGGUGCCGCAUAUAAGUGGAAAUACAACUGCACAAUUCCUAUCACUUCCUACAAUAAAUUACACGCAACCAAUUGCUAUCGUGUCGCCAGUAAGGAAUUCUGAAUGGUCUCUAGAGACAUUCAAGGACCAACUUGCAAAAUUAAAUUACCCGCACCAUCUGAUGUCUGUGUACUUUGGUGAAUCGGGAAGUUCGGAUAAAACUUUUGAAAAGGCAAUAAAUAUAUCUAAGUAUUUAAAAAAGGUUCAAAACUUCAGGGAUGCAAGAGUGAUACGUUUGCAGUUAUCUGGGGGAAUACAAGGACCUAAAGCUGAAAGACAUAAGAAAGUCUUCCAGAAAUAUAGACGUGCCCAUAUAGCAGCGGUAAGGAAUCGUCUGGUACAAUAUGUUCUACAGCACGGAAAAUUCGAGCAAGUUCUUAGUAUAGACAGUGACCUUAAACAUUUUCCGCCUGAUCUUGUGCAGCAGAUGUUGUUCGCGAAAUCAGAUGUCGUAGUGACACCUUGCCUGAAGGAGACGUUCAAUGGAAUGAAAUCUAUUUACGACUGUAAUUCGUGGAGAGAAACUAAAGCUUCACUUGAAAAGCAGAAACAUUUAUCGCCCGACGUUCUUGUUCUGGAAUGCUACGCGAAACCUGAUCGAAUUUAUCUCUCAUAUCUCAAAAGUGAAGGUCGUGUUGUCAAGGUGGAUGGAGUAGGAGGAUGCGCACUUAUGGUUAAAGCCGAUUGUUUCCAAAGCGGUCUAUUAUUUCCGGAAGUGGUGUACAAACAUCACAUCGAAACUGAAGGGCUGGCCAAGAUGGCUCUCGACAUGGGGUACAGUGUUGUUGGGCUCCCGUUUGUUGAAGUUUUUCACCCCUAGAUAAGGAAAAUAUUUUUGUUGAUAAUUUAACAAAAAAAGAUAAUAGUCGAAAUCUGACUAUAACAGGUGAUUAAGUUCUGGACAUAAACUGAUACCAAAAAAGCACUAUAUUUGUUGUUCAUAGUAUAAUCAGACUGGUGGAAGCAUAUAACUUUUGAGCUCCGCAAUUUCCUUUUACAUUUUAUUCGUAUUAUCAUGAAUAUAUAUAUACACCUACUAGUAUAAUACGUUUUAAACUUAUUGCCUAUUUUAUAAAAUGGCUAUAUAAAUGAAAUUAUCAUCUUUCAUACCGAUGUUCAAUUCAGAAUGAUAAAGUAUCACAUUUUUCAUGCCAAUACAUCGCCAAUAUUUCGCAGUAUCGUCAUUUGUCAUAUCGAUUAAACUCAUAUCGAUGAUGCAAUACAGAAUGUUCGAUACGUGUACAAUGCAAAUACCGGUAUGCGUUAGAAUUGUCAUAUUUUUUAACACCCAUACUAACUAAAAUAUAUCGCCAUCAGUCAUACCAAUACAAUUACAAAUACGUUUUAGUAUUGCCAUUACUUACUUAUAAUAUCACACAUAUUAUUGUUAUUUUCAUCAUAUUAUGACAUCUGUUUUGUUCAUAUUUUAGUAUGUUGUAUAUCAAUUGUUGAAAAUCUGUCUAACGAUUUUUACAAUACUGUUAAUUGUUAUUUAGUAAUCAGUUUAUAUAACUGCGAAGCGCCUUCGAACGUGUAUAUGAAAAGGGUUCUGAUAAAUAAUAAAUAGUAAUGUUAUUGAUGAUGAUGAUGAUGAUGAUGCUGGUGGUGGUGGUGGUGGUGAUGAUGAUGAUGAUGCUAGUGGUGGUGGUGGUGGUGGUGAUGAUGAUGAUGAUGAUGAUGAUGAUGAUACAAAUGUAGUAGUAAUAAUCUGUUAAAGGGUAUAAAAGUUUACCUCUUUAUCUUAUGAAAUAAGAAGACGUUGCUACCUUCGUUAGCUUAUAUUACUUUAUUUUGGUUAGGAUAGAGGUAUCGACAGAAGUUUUGAAAUAGCGUCAAUAAUAGCAUAAUUAUAACAUCAACUUAAAAACCGAGGUUGUAAAACUAAAUAUUUCAGCUGUUGUACAUGGGCCGUACGAAAUAAGGCACUUCUUAUGUAUAAAUUUAUUUACAAAUUACACUUGUUUACUGUAAGAGAAACUAAAACAUGCUACUUAGAAACAAAUAAGCAAUUUGAUUGACAUCGCCUUUGAACAACAGCUGAUGACGCAAUUUGACAUCAUUUGCAUAUUUUGAAAAAUAAGAUAUAAAGAUGGUCCUUCAUAAAAAGAUGAAUCAACACAGAUCCAAAAUAUUAAUUUUUAUUAGGAACUUUGUCAUUUGGUAAAGAUGUAUUUCGUGAACACACGAGUAUACUGACUUUGUGAGUCUUUAAAUUUAAUAAUUAAACAUUUUUGUAUUAUUUUAAUUCAAUACCAUUCCGGUGUUAUGAAUAGUAAAUAACAAGACUUUGAAGUAUUAUGAAUUAUAAAUUAGCAUUCUUAUAUCAAUAUAACUUGGAUUUGAUUUUAACAAUGCAAUAGCCUCUUCCUCUUUACACUCUUACAUCUAUCCCCUGUUAGAAAACCAACCGUAUUUAGCCUUUGAUUCAAAUAUAACUCCAGUCGGCCUGCGCAUCCUUGGAGACAGACAAGGUUCUAUGCUGUGGGUGGUUCAAUUUUUGUAUUUAUACCCCCGCAUAACGGAAUUGUAAUAUAAAGGGGGGGGGUAUACUGGAAUCAGCUUGUCCGUCCGGACGUCCGGUCGUCCCCCGUCCGUCGGGGUUUUACUUGUCCACCCAAUAACUUAAAAUUCAUGUGACUCACAUUCUUCAUAUUUGGUAUUUAGAUUGGUCAUGAUUAGUAGAAGAUCCCUAUAGAUUUUGAGUUCACCAGAUCAAAGGUCAAGGUCACAGGGGUCUUGACUUAAAAAAGCUUGUCCGCCCAACAACUUAAGAUUCCUUUGACCCACAGUCUUCAUAUUUAGCAUGGAGGUUAGCCAUGACCAUAAAAUGACUUUUUUGAGUUUCAGGUCACUGGAUCAAAGGUCAAGGUCAUAUGGGCAUUGACUAAAAAGAGCUUGUCCGCCCAAUAACUUAAGAUUCCUUUGACCCACUCUUCAUAUUUUGUAUUCAGAUUGGUCUUGAUUAGUAGAUGAGCCCUAUUGAUUUUGAGGUCACUAGGUCAAAGGUCAAGGUCACAGGGGUCUUGACUAAAAACACUUGCCCGCCCAAUAACUUAAGAUUUCUUUGACCCACAGUCCUCAUAUUUGGCAUGGAGGUUAGUCAUGAUUAGUCAUGAUCCCUAUUAAUUUUGAGGUCACUGGGUCAAAGCUCAAGGUCACAUGAACAUUGACUUAAAAAGUUUGUUAGUUCAAUAACUUAAGAAGCUUUUGACCCAAAGUCUUCAUAUUUGGCAUGGAGGUCGAUCAUGAACAUAAGGUUACUCCUCUUUAUUUUGAAGUUACUGGGUCAAAUGUCAACCUAUAAAAAGCUUGUCUGCUCAAUAACUCAAGAUUUCUUUGACCCACAAUCUUCAUAUUUGGCAUGGAGGUUGAUCAUGACCAUUAGGUGACCUCUACUGAUUUUGAAGGCACUGGGUUAAAGGUCAAGGUCACAGGGGCCUUGGCUUUAAAAAGCUUGUCCGCUCAACUGCUUAAGAAUGCUUUGGUCAACAGUCUUCAUAUUUGGUAUUGGUAUGACUAGUAGAUGACCCCUAAUGAUUUUUGGGUGACUGUGUCAAAGGUCAAGGUUACAGGAAUUUUAACUAUAAUAAGCUUGUCUGCUCAAAUGUUUAAGAAUGCCUGUCCGCAGUGUAUUGACAUUUUCACAUUUGAAGCAUGUAGUAUACAUAAUUUAGCAAUGCACUGGAUUUGGCAGGAAGGUUGUCCUUGAGCUCUAAAUGGCCACUGUUGAAUGUAUGACAGUGGCAGUUCUAGUUUGAUACUGAAAUCCCUCUAUAAACCUAAAAAUAGAUAUUCCAACUUAAAAUGGACAAAUCCAUCAUAUAAAUUCUGAAGUUUAUAGAUUUAGCAACAACAAAAAAAUAAUAAAAUAAAACUCAAUAUAUGUAAAUACGCACGGAAAAAUAAAUAACCGCACAAUAGGAAAUGUCGAUUAAAAAAGUAAUGUUAUGCUUGUAUGCACAUGUGUUACUUUAGUUUGAUAUUCAGGUAGAUAUAUAUGAAUGAUGUUAAAUGAAUUUUAUUGACGUAAUGUUUGUAUGUGUAUCCGCGUAUACACUGGUCACGGUCAUAUGCUUUAUUAAAAUGAAACGAAAGUAUAAACAAAUUUUGCUUAAGUUUUGUUUUAUAGUGAUUUUUGUAACUAUCGGGAUAAGUGUUUUAAUACGGUUCACACUUUAUGAUAAAAGUCAUCUUAUAAUUCAUAAAUUUUCAAAAGAGAAAAGAUAUGUGGUAACAACUACACCGGUUAUAGUGAGUACGAGUGGUAAACAACACGAACUUACGGAGAAAAACAAGCCGGGUUUGAAACGUCCAAUUGUUAACAACAUAAAUAAUAUUUCGGAGAGUGCAAAAAGUGACAAGAUUCAACAGCUGCCACAAGAGAUUUUGAGCAGAUUCCUGCAACUACCAAACGAUACAUAUGUAUAUAAAAUAUGUAUCUUGUCGCCGGUACGUAACGCAGCAACGUCACUAACACGAUUCGGGGUACAAGUCGGGAAGUUGAGUUAUCCUCCUCACUUAAUCUCUUUGUACUUUGGCGAGGAUGGAAGCACGGAUGACACAUUUGAAGUAGCGAAUAGAACUGCAUACAAUCUUCGAAAGUUGAAAAAGUUUAAUUCAGCGUAUGCUGUUAAAUUGAACAUUUCAGGAGGUUAUCAAGGAAAACAUAGAACGCGACACGAGCAAGAUGUCCAGGAACACAGGAGAACACACAUGGCUCUAGCUAGAAAUCGUCUGUUUCGAUUUGCUCUGCGUCAGAAAAAAUUUGAUUAUGUUCUAUGGAUUGACAGUGACAUUGCCGAACUUCCGGAUGACCUAAUUCAACAGAUGCUGUUCGCGAAAUCAGAUGUCGUUGCUACAUGUUGUUUAAUGAGAAGUAUGGGCUAUAAAAUGAAGUAUGAUCGGAAUUCUUGGAGAGAAACAAACGCUUCCAGGAACUAUCAAUCGCAACUCGAACCAGACGCUUUAGUAUUAGAAGGUUACAGUAAGACGCUCAGAAUACAUCUUCCGGAUCUCAAAAGUGAAGGUCGAAUAGUGGAAUUAGACGGUGUCGGUGGAUGCGCGCUAAUGAUAAAAGCAGACUGUCACCGAAGCGGUUUACACUUUCCGGAAGUUGUGUAUAAACAUCACAUUGAAACUGAAGGACUAGCAAAACUGGCACAUGAUAUGGGAUAUAAUGUCGUAGGCCUUCCUUUUGUUGAAGUGUUUCACGUGUAAAGUAUGAAUUGAAGAUUAUGUGAUUUAUUUUUAUUUUUUAUUUUUGUACGAUAUUGAAUAACAUAGAGUGAUAUUUAUGGUUAAUCUUUUAUCGGGUUUCUACCUGAAAAAUGGCCUUGUCAUGUGUAUAUUAACAAGGAUGUAAAUGUGAGUUUAUUUAAUUAUUUUCUUCCUGUAAACUGAUGCGCGUGUGCCUCGUUUAUUUGUGAUCAAUGUAACAAAACACC